UGCACCUCAUGCCUUCUCAUAUAUAAAUGAGUAAGUUACCAUGAUCAUCCUGGAGAUUCAAGUUGCGCUUUCUCAGCAAAAAUGGAUCGACGAUACUGGAUCAGUGUGAUCGAAUCCUGUAGAAGCCGCAGUACUGCAAGGGACAUUGACGAUCGAGUCUGCCGUCUCUUCGGCUGUGAUGAUGUCUUCAUGUUCAACAAGCUCAUCGAGAUGCACGGUAAUUGCAACAACAUCGAUCGAGCUCGACAGAUUUUCGACAAGCUCAGCUCCAAAAGAGACGCAUUGUCGUGGGAGAGAAUGCUCGCCGUAUACUGCCGCGGCGAGAAAAUGCAUCACGCCACCCAGAUCUUUAACGAGAUGCCACAACGGAGCCUUCUCUCCGCGACUGCCCUUUUAACUGCAUAUGCCCAUACAGGGCAUAUUGACCACGCAAAACUAACGUUUGAUUCCAUUCCCGAGCUUGAUCUUGUGUGUUGGAACGCAAUGCUGGCAGCUUUCGUCCAGCACAAGAACUUAGAAGGGGCAAAAAGUAUUUUCUGGAGUAUGCCCUGUCCUGGCAUAGUGUCGUGGACCGCUCUACUAACAGCAUGUGCCCAAGAAGGGCAUUUGUAUGAAACAAAAGCACUUUUUGACCGGAUGCCGUUGGUUAACGUGGUGUCAUGGACGGUCAUGAUCUCUGCUCACGCCCAAAAUGGCUACCUCAUUGCCUCUAAGACCCUGUUUGACGAGAUGCCCGAGAGGGAUGUGAUUUGCUGCAAUGCAAUGUUGGCAGCUUUUGCUCAGAACGGGCAUUUAGACAAAGCUCUAGAGCUUUUUGAUGACAUGGAGGAGCGAAACUUGUCCACGUGGAAUGCCAUGCUGACGGCAUUUGCCCAAAAUGGCCACCUGUCAGAUGCCCAGCGCGUUUUCCACAAGAUCCCACAGCGCGAUCUCGUGACGUGGAAUGCCAUGCUUGUGGCAUUUGGAGAAAGCGGUGACGUGGACAGGGCAAGGGGGGUGUUUGUCGAUAUGCCCCAGCUGAAUCUGGUGACGUGGAAUGCCAUGCUGUCGGCAUAUGCCCAGAACGACUACCUUGCUGAGGCCAGAAACACGUUUCAUGCCAUGCCAUGUCAUAGCCUCGUGUCCUGGAAUGUUCUUUUGUGUGCGUGUGCCAAGGAAGGACGGAUCAAGGAAUCUAGGUCUGUGUUUCUCUCCAUGCCAGAGAGAGACGUGGUAGCAUGGACAUCCAUGAUAGACACAAAUGCUCAGUUUGGGCAUUUGGAAGAGGCAAAGCACCUCUUUGACCUCAUGCCACAUCGGAGUCUAGUGACGUGGAACUCGAUGCUGGCAGCCUUUAUCCAAGGUGGACACGUAGAAGAUGCAAAGAAGUUUUUUGAUACCAUGCCACAACAAAACGUAAUCUCUUGGACAGCCAUGCUAGUGGCAUAUGCCCAAGGGCGGUAUUUGGGAGAGUCCAAGGUUAUGUUUGAUGAAAUGCCACAGCGGAAUCUAGUAUCCUGGAAUGCCAUGUUCUUUGCAUAUGCACAGAACGGGCAUAUGCUCCAAGCAAGGAUAUUCUUUGAAAGGAUGCCUAGGAAAGAUUCCGUGUCAUGGAACUCCUUGCUCGCGGUUUACACCCACAACGGCCUCUUCCGCGACGCGUUUGAUGCGUUUGAUGCCAUGAAGAUGCUGGACAGCGUCGAUUCUAGAGACCAGGGUAUAUUCGUGUCGGUGCUGGUCGCGUGUAGCCAGGCAGGGAACGCAUCGCACGGCCGCGGUUGCUUCCAGUCCAUGGCGAUGGAUUUUGGAGUGGAGGCGACACACCAGCACUACUGCUGCGUGGUGGAUUUGCUUGGUCGGAGUGGCUACUUGGAAGAAGCCCAAGAUCUAUUACAAACCAUGCCCUUUGUUCCCGAUGCUUUGGAGUGGACGAGUUUCCUUGGAGCUUGCAAGAGCCACAGUAGCUUCGCCCGUGGAAGCUAUGCCGCGAGGAAGCUGGUGGAGUUAAGUGCCAAGGAAGGAGGAGCCUUUGUUCUCGUGGCACACAUGUACUCGCUCGCUACUAACAAGAGCUCGGAAGAAAAAGAGCCGCGGGCAUGCGAAUCGAGAAUGCGGGCGAUUCAAUCGAUCGCCCUUCAACAAAAUAUGUGUUUGCAAUGAACGUGGUGGUGAAAAAAGUAAGCACAGUGUGGAGGAAGCGUUUGCAAGUUUCCAUGCCACAGCAAAAUGGACUGGCAUAUGCCAUCACGUCUAGAUGAUAACGAGAAGCUUCAGGGCAUAUUCAGGGCAUAUUGCCCAGGAGAGAUUCCGCGUUUUACCCACAACGUCAUCUUCGAGGAAAAAAGCGUGCAGAAACUCGCGAGACCUCCAAACAGCGUGGUGGCGACUCCCUGCUGGAUAUGUACGAGCAUGGAGGACGCUCUCUUAGAUGAAGCGUUCCGUGGACUUCCAUGAUCUCGGAAUAUGCAAGGCGUGGAGAUGGCGAUCAGCCUUCGCAAGAUCGUGUCACAGCAUUUAGGGCAUGCUGUAGCUGGGCAGAGAAGGAAGAAGCUCCAGCGAUCCACGGAAAUCCUGCUCCAGGGACUCGAGAAUGAAGAGCUCUUCCCUGUUCCAACGAUUCAUGAUCUUCACUGCUUUAUAUGCUGUGGUGUUUAUGGAAGAACGGUGGCCGGCACCACUGAUUCUACUUUCCCGAUCACCAUGCUUCCGCAGUCGAAGGAAGAGGAGAUACGAUUCGUCUUGGACGUUGAUAUUUCGUGAUGUGGAAAACUUUAAAAUUUACAAAAUUACAUAGAAAGUUAAGUGACCUUUCCAAA